CUAUGACAGUUGAACAGCUGACUGUCUAGCUUGUGUGCAUAGUGAAUAACUUUUUUUGUGCUUUAUAAUCCUACCUAAAUAAAUUUAUAAUGUUACGGCCUGUUAUUAAUAAAACAAAUAGACAAAUAUGUUUAUCGAUAAUUUCUACACGUUUGCAGCAUUUGUCAUCAGAACCGAAACCACCGGAAGAAGGUUCUAAAAGCUCCGCUCUGGAGCGAAUACGAGAAGAACUGAAAGCGGAUAAACAACGCUUACAAUGGCGCAAGCCUAUUGGAGAAAGACCCGGUGAUUGGCAUAGUAAGUUAAAAGCCUUUGAAAAUUCGGAACAGACUUCCGAUUAUAUCAUCAUGAUGCAGAAACCGAUCAACCUCAGUCCGAGCGCUAUAAAGGAAUGGUGGCGUAAACGCAAUGAACGAGUGGAAAAGCACAUGCAACAAUUUAUCCAAGAACGGCAUGAAAUCCUCGGUCCUGAACUGGCUGCAGCUCAUUUUUUGCUUUAUCGCGGUGGGGCUGUUAAAUUCCUACACGAACGAAACUGGUUACGUGCCAAUGAAGAUGGAGAAUUCAAUUUACCAAAUAAAUAUCAUCCAGCAUUUAAGGUCGAGGCACUGCGUUGUGAUAACAUGGUGCUCUAUUAUGAAGGCUUAGAGAAUUUAUUCAAUUUACAAGAAUUGAAAUUUCUAUCUUUUCACAACGUGCAGACUUUCGACGAUUGGUGCUUAGAUCGGGUAUCCGGGUCUGGAUAUCCAAAGUUAGAGGUCUUGGACAUAUCGAGCACUAGUUGCUCAGUAAAUGGACUUUCUUGUUUGUACCGUAUACCAACACUAAAACUUUUAGUUGUUAAUGAUCCUAAAGAAUCACUGGAAUAUGAAUUAGCGUGCUCUAUGUUGCAAGAAGUGAUACCAAAUUUAAAGAUUGUCAAUGCAGCGUCCAUUCAUGAUUUAUAAACGAAAUUACUUUAUGCAUUACAAAUUAUCGUUUAAUAUAUAUAAAAAAUAACAAUA